UGAAUAACUCGUAAUGCAUUGAUAGAAGACUUUUAGCCCUGUGCGCACAACCAGUGCACAUUCGUAUCCAUUGUCUCCCAGGAUAUGCGACCGGCUUUCAUCUAAAUAUUCGGAGCCACAACAACUUGGUAAAUGUCGUGGGAGUGGAGUGACAUAUAUUCCCAUCCCUUAUGGAUGAUUUCAACUGUGAUAUUGUUCGUCGUAGUGCGCGCGCAACGGAGAGGUUCGUGGGACCCGCGCGCUUGUCCGGUAAAGUUAAAGGGGAAAACUGCUAUCGUCACGGGUGCCAAUACAGGAAUUGGCAAGUUCAUUGCCCUGGACUUUGCCCGGCGUGGGGCGCGGGUGUUCCUGGCAUGCCGGAGCGAGGCUCGUGGUUCAGCAGCUUUGCAGGAAAUCAUUAAAAGUAGUGGGAACCAGAAUGUUCAUCUGCGUCUGGUUGACACAUCAUCACUUGAAUCUGUAAGGAAGUUUGCUGCUCAGAUCUUGGAGGAAGAGAAGGAAUUGCACAUUCUGGUCAAUAAUGCCGGAGCUUCAGGCCUUCCAAAAGAUAUCACAGCUGAUGGGUUGGAUAUCACAUUUGCAACCAACCACAUUGGGCCAUUCCUACUUACCCAUUUGCUUUUAGACCUACUGAAAAAAUCAGCCCCUGCUCGCAUUGUAAAUAUUGCUUCUGUGAAUCACUGGAGAGGUGAAGUGGACUUCUCUCAUUUCCGUGGGGAGAACUUAACUUAUGUGAUGGAUAGUGCCUAUAAUCACACUAAGUUACACAAUGUCAUUUGGACAAAUGAGUUGGCACGCAGGCUUCAGGGCACAGGUGUCACAGCAAACUCUUUGCAUCCUGGUGUAGUUAUGACAGAAGUCAUGAGAAACUAUAACUUUAUUGUCCGAUUCCUCUUCAACAUGGUUGGAUUUUUCUUCUUUAAAAGCUCUGAAGAGGGAGCAGUCAGCCCACUAUACUGCUCUGUGUCAGAAGAAGCAGAAGGAAUAACUGGGAAGUAUUUUAAUAGUGACUGUUCCAUAACUUUACCUGCUCCUCCUGCCAGAGAUCCGGCUAUAGGAGUGAAAGAAUAUGAGAUCUGUGAGAGACUGACAUCUACAUCUUAAUUCCAUCAGACAUAAAAGAGACAAUUCCUGAAUUCUUUCAUCAUUUAUCCACCCACAUGUUGCUUUAGACCCAUAGAAAAAUAUGGUCAAAAUAUGGUCCCACACUGUGCAAAGUUGAAUCAACUUAAAAUAUAUCAUAUAUAAAAUAUAAGAAAUAAUUUUUAGGUGUUACCAAUUAUAUACAUGUACUGUAUAUAUAUAUUUCAAAGACGCGUCCAUUCUGUUACUUUUCUUUUAUCUGUUUAAUAUGCACAAUAUUAUCAAUUCUGUGUUGCGUCCUUGUCGCUUUUCAGAGAUUUUUGCCGUUUUGAUAGUGUUUUGAUCGUGUUACAUUACUUUAUUCUGACGUCAUCAGCGUCUGAGCGAGCUCACGAGCUUUGCUGUUGCUGCUGCAUUGGCUAUCUGAGGAAUUAAAACGUGUAAGAUACGCUCACAUCAUUUCCAGACCUCAGUACGGUAAUGUGCAGGUAACCUCGUCUGUGUAGAAAAUAUAUGGUUUAAAAUGUGACCGUCUCGACGUUAUAUAGAAGAGAUUUCUAGAUUCAUAUUCUUGGUACAACGCCAAAGUUCGCCAGAGUUCACGGGGGCGCGGAAUCACACAUGCUCACAUAUGAGGUAAAAUUUUAUGCAAAGAUCCGUUCCUCCAAUAAUUUUAUCUAAACAUAUUUUUUAAAAUCAUUAUUGAACUUUAAAAUCAAUCACGUGGCUAUAGUUUAUGUAAUUUUUGUGUUUAUAUACUUAAAGGAAUAGUCUACUCAUUUUCAAUAAUAAACUAUGUUAUUACCUUAACUAAGAAUUGUUGAUACAUCCCUCUGUCAUCUGUGUGCGUGCACGUAAGCGCUGGAGCGCGCUGCGACACUUCGAUAGCAUUUAGCUUAGCCCCAUUCAUUCAAUGGUAUCAAACAGAGAUAAAGUUAGAAGUGACCAAACACACCAACGUUUUUCCUAUUUAAGACGAGUAGUUAUACGAGCAAGUUUGGUGGUACAAAAUAAAACGUAGCGCUUUUCUAAGCGGAUUUAAAAGAGGAACUAUACUGUAUGGCGUAAUAGCACUAAUGGGAGUACUUCGACUCGGCGCAGUAACACCCUCCCUCUCCCAUUAUGAGAGGGAGAAGGGGAGCGGACUUUUCAGGCGAGUCGAAGUUAAGGUAAUAACAUAGAUUAAUAUUGAAAAUUAGUAGACUAUUCCUUUAAUGGAUUUAAAAUUACAUUAAUUUCAUAUGAUAAUGCAGUUGUUGUGUAAAAUGAAUUAAUGAGACGAUUAAACAACUCAUUAAACAAAACGUAAAUAAACAAAACAUGCCGUUUCAGAUGUAAAUAUGAUGCCAAUAUGUCAUUGUUCCAAUUGAAUAGUAUUUGAUAUAAAAGUUAGUCAACACUUUUAUUUUUGAGGUUUUUGCAGGGGCGCUCAGAUUGUUAGAAAUGUAGGUGCCAAGGAAGAGACUGAAAGCUCUAUAAUAUAUUUGGUUUGAUGUCUGUGUAUGCACAAAUUUCUGUGAGCUGUGCACACUGUGCCCCUUUAAAUAAAAUUGGUGCAUGACGACCCAGGUCCUAAUACAUACCUUUGAAGUACUAAUAUGUACCAAAGCGUUACUAAAAUAAUCUCUUUUGGGGCGCUUUCCCGGACAGGGCUUAUCAGUCCCAGACUAAAAUGCAUGUUUGAGCUGCCUUAAUUUCAAAACACCUUACUGACAUGUCUUAACAUAUACCAGGGCCCUUGUUUUGUCUCAACUGCAUUGUUUAUUGUAAGGUUUGCUUGUAAAAACGACUUACAGUACUGUGCAAAAGUCUUAAGCCACCACCACCAGACUUGUUGUUUUAGAAGUUUUAAUUUCCAUUCAUAUUUGCUUUUCAUUUUAUUUUAUUAAGAUACAAACAGAAAAUACAGGAAAUAUGUACAAAAAAUAAAAAAUUAAAUUUUUACAGCUAAAUGUCCUUUUUAGGCAUCGUCUGUGUUUAGUGUGACCUCUCUUGGCACUAAACACAUCUUGAGCGUUUUUGAGCAGAAUGAAGUACAAAGACUAAUUUCUUUACAAUUAUAAAUUAGGAUUUCAUUUUAUUUAGGUUAAAGAGAUCCUGCAGUUGCUAUUGCUCAAGUGGAAGGGGAGUUUACCCUAAAAACCUGACACAUCUGUUUACAUUUUCAUAGUUUUAAUACUAUAAAUUUCCUGUAUUUUCUGGAUGUAGUCUAUUAAAGAGACUGAGAAACGAUUAAAUAUGAUCACUAUAACAUUGAAAUAAGAGCGGCAAUCAAACAACUGAAAACCAGCAAGGCUGCUGGCCCUGACAAUAUUCCACCUGAAGCCCUUAAAACUGAUAUAAAUACAUCUACAGACAUGCUCUACAGCCUCUUUGGGAGAAUUUGGGAGGAGGAGAAGACACCCACAGAAUGGGCAGAGGGGCACAUAGUGAAACUACCAAAAAAGGGUGACCUAAGGAAGUGCAACAACUACAGAGGGAUUACACUACUUUCAGUGCCCAGUAAGGUCUUUAAUCGGGUCAUCCUCAAUCGCCUUCAGGAAAUUGUAGACAAGAAGCUCCGGGACCAGCAAGCAGGAUUCAUGAAAGACCGCUCAUGCACAGAUCACAUAGCAACACUACGCAUUAUCAUUGAACAGUCUAUUGAAUGGAACACGUCCCUGUAUAUGAACUUCAUUGACUUUGAAAAAGCAUUUGAUAGCUUAGACCGGACAACACUAUGGCAACUAAUGGAAUACUAUGGAAUCCCCACCAAGAUCAUAAACCUUAUUAAGAACUCGUAUGAUGGCACUGUAUGUAAAGUUAUGCAUGCAGGCCAGCUUUCCCAAAGCUUCGAGGUCAAGACGGGUGUCAAACAGGGAUGUCUUCUCUCACCAUUCCUCUUCCUUCUUGCAAUUGAUUGGACCAUGAGGGAAACAACUGAGGGGAAGAGAAAUGGAAUUCAGUGGACAAUGUGGGAGCAGCUGGAUGAUCUGGAAUUUGCGGAUGAUAUAGUUCUCCUCUCACAUACACAGACACAAAUGCAAGAGAAGACAGACAGACUUUCACAAACUGCAAUAAAACUUGGUCUCACUCCUAAUACAACAAAAACACAAGUGAUUAAGAUCCACUCUAAAAAUAGACAUCCCAUUUACCUGAACAGCACUCCCUUAAAGGAGGUAGAAGCCUUCACCUACCUAGGCAGUGUAGUGGACACCAACGGAGGGACAGAGGCAGAUAUCAGAAGCAGGAUUAACAAGGCCAGAGUGGUGUUUAACAUGCUCAGAAAGAUCUGGAGCUCAAAAAACAUCUCCACCAAUACUAAGAUAUGCAUCUUCAACUCCAACGUAAAACAGGUAAUGCUGUACGGAUCCGAAACAUGGAGAACAACCAAACACACAACACACAGGCUACAAACCUUCAUCAACACCUGCCUCAGAAGGAUAUUAAACAUCUGGUGGAAAGACAAAGUCAGCAAUGUGGACCUAUGGAAAAGGACAAGCCAAGACCCCAUAGACUUUCAAAUCCAAAAGAGGAAGUGGAGUUGGAUUGGACACACCCUAAGACAGCCUGCCACAAACAUCACUCGACAAGCCCUGAAAUGGAACCCCCAAGGGAAAAGGAAACAAGGUCGCCCCAGGAACAACUGGAGAAGAAGUGUAGAGGCAGAAAUGUUAAAGUGUGGGCUCAACUGGGGAGAGCUUGAGCGAAAAGCUAUAAACAGAGUGAAAUGGAGGAUAUUUGUCAAUGGCCUAUGCACCCACGAGGAGCUAAGGGCUUAAGAAGACUAUAACAUUGUAAAAACAACAAAUCUAAUUCUGGCAUGGUGGUCUAAGACUUUUGCACUUUUGCAAUGUCCUAAUAUAACUAAGGCCUACUCCUGGAUUAAUCUAAAGCUUGUUCUGAAAACCACCCCUUUAUGUGCAAAGGUGUACUUUUUGAAAGGGUACCACCAAAGUUACAGCUAGGGACCACUUUUA